CUUGAUUAUAGAUUAUUAUAUAUUGAUUAUAUUUCGAUCAUAGAUUCGAAGUCAAAUGCAUGAAAUAAAUCCGAGUAAAAGUAGAAGAUGCCACUUCCUCCUCUUUGUCAGCGUAUGCUCGUCCUUCCCUGUGUCUGCUGCCAGAGCAGCGCUGCAGUCAUGCAUGUGCACACCCUGUUUUUUGCAGCCCUGUGGACUGAGAUCCAGGCCGUCUCUCCUGUACCUUCAGUUCCUGACUGUGUCCAAGCUCUGGCCGGGUCCUGUGUGGUGAUCCCCUGCUCUUUCACUCCUGCUGCUCCUCAUCCUCUCAGGGGGAGAAAGCAGAGGCUGAAUGUUCGGCUGAGGUUCACAAGUGGCGGCCUUUUCUUUCCCCUGCGAGGCGUCGCUUUUAACAGUGAAGAUGGGAACCAGGUGAGCAGGGACUUCCAAGGACGCACAUCACUCUUUGGCCAAAUGACAGACGGAGACUGCUCAGUGAAGAUAGAGCGCGUCACGAUGGAUGACUCGCGUCUUUUUGAGAUUGCUCUGAAAACAGGUGAUGACUUACUCUGGGGGAAACCGCGGAGCUUCAGUGUGGAUGUUGUGGACUCUCCUGAGGCUCCUGUUAUCAGUGGAACGCUGGCAGCCACAGAGGGACAGCUGAUCACCUUAAACUGCUCUGCCAGUUAUUAUUGCCCCUCCACACCUCCCAUACUGCAGUGGAACUGGGAAAGAGGAGGAGUCCAGCUCAACAGCCCUGAAGCUGGGGAGGUACAGACCGUCUCUCUGGAGCCGCAUGGACUGAUGCUCCUGGCCCCUCUGACUUUUACCGUGACACACCAGGUGAAACCCAGGCUCAGGUGUGAGGUCAUCCACCCAGGGGUCAAAUCACUGGCCACUUUCAAGGAUGUUCAUGUGACAUUUCCACCACAGGAAGUGCAGGUUCAGAUCCUGUCCUUGCGGGUGCACGAGGGGGGAAACGCUCUGUUGGUGUGCUCGUGCAAAGCUGACCCUCCAGUGUCCGAGUACCACUGGUCCUACAUUCAACAUGGCCGCACAGUGAACCUCCCUCAGCGCGCUCACACGGUCCGUGUGCACAAUGUGACUCGAGACACGAGAGUCCGCUGCUCAGCACGGAACCUGAUUGGUCGAGGAGAGUCCCGGCUGACGCCGCUCAACAUACAAUAUAAACCAGCCAUCGUCCAUCUGUCCUCCACCUGUUUAGUCCAGGACAUGGAGCUGUUGUGUCACUGUUCAGUUGACUCCAACCCCAAAUCUGUGGUGACCUGGAGCAUUAACGGGACGGUCCCACCUGGUGAUUACAACACGUCUGUGACGUCAGAGUCUCACCUGCAAACAGCUUCUCUGAGGGGCCGAAUGGUCCGCCCCAUGACGGUCGUCUGCUUCGCUGUCAACGCGCUCGGAAACGACUCCUUGGUUUUACUGCAGGGAGGCGAAGUGUCAGCACAUUUGUGGUGGUUGGUGAUUCCUGCUGUGGUCGUUUGCUCCGUCAUAUUCCUUCUCUCCGUAGUUUUCUGUUGCUGCCGAAGGAGAGCUGCAAAAGAUGUCCUGAAUGCACACCUGGCUGUUUACCCUGAGGGAAUGGAGAUUUGUCAGGACAGGAUGCCUCUGUACAUUAACUGCACAGAAGUCACUCACAUCUACACCAACGGCAGCUACCAGCUCGUGUACCAGAACUGCACGCCACUCUUUGUCCACAGUAACAACAUUCAUCCCGUGGCCAGAAGAGGUGAGGAGAGACGAAAGAGAAGAAGACAAGAAUCAUCAAGUGCAGACAGACACGCUGCUGCGGGAGUCAGAUUCACAAGAGAGGUGCAGGCUGAUGCAGAAACAGCUGUUUACCUGGAGAUCCUCUGACACUCGUUCUCAAACGAAUGUAUGGACGUAAAGAAGAGAAUAUCUGCAUGAAAAUAUAAUCCAGCUACUUCACAAUCCUUCCCUCCGUACGCAGCUGAUUGACUCUCACUUGUAAUAGUGUGUCUUACAUCUCGUACAAUUGUGUCUUCUCAGUGGCUUUUGUAAAUUAGUUUGUGUUUCAUGUUUUGUGAAUUUGUUUUCAAACAUGUAAAUUUGUCUCAAGAUUUGUAAAAUUGUUUCACCUUUUCUAAUAAUGGUUUGCACUUCCAGGCCACUGUACAUACCUGUAUGGACUAACUAACUGACUAACUAACUUACUAACUUACUAACUGACUGACUGACUGACUGACUGACUGACCGACUAACUAACUACUACUGUAGUCCUGUGAUAAAUUCAUGAAGAUGAUAACACUUUACAGUUGAACAAUGCAGCGUGUCAUUAAAUAAUGCAGUUGAAUGAAUAAACAGUGAUACAUUGAAACGUCA